GUUGAUAUUCAUUUUGAUAUCCUUUUAAAUUUGCGUUCAAAAGAACACAACAACUGCUUUGACUGUAAAGUGGACCUCCAAAAUUUUUUUUUUUAAUUGAACUCAAGGAGAUGCGAAUACGAACAAUAAACAAAACAUCAACGUUACUUAAGCACUUUUACCAGUUUAGUUUGGCAAAUGAAGGAAGGAGACCUGGUGUAAAUGAUGUUGACUGCCUAUUAGAACAUGAGAAAGCCACGAUAUAUGUUUUGGAGUUACAAAACAAACCUGUUGGAAAAAUCUCCAUCAUAGAAUAUGGCUCAAACCUUGUAUAUUUAGGCUCUUUUUUCAUCCAUAAAGACUAUCGAUACCUGGGCCACGGCAAACGUUUCUUACAAGCUGUAUGGGAACGUCUUGAUGAAAAUCCAGAAAUUAAAAAUAAGGCGUGGUACACGCUACCUGUUAUGGCUGAGUUUUAUAAGACAUUUGGUGGUGUUGAUCAAUGGACGGUUGGUCUUUACGAUCUUAAUGUGACAAGAAGUUUAGAAAAACUUCAAAGUUAUUCAAGCCAUUUUCAGUUGAAUCAAAUCAAUGAAAAUAAUAUACACGACGUGUUAGCUUACGACAACAAAGUGUUUGGAUACCCACGAGAAAAGUUUUUAAGAAUGUGGUUAAGUACACCUGGUACGCAUGCUCGAGCAGCUUUCAACAAGGAUGGGCAGAUUUUAGGCUACGUUGUUGUAAGAUUGACUUUCUUCCCUGAAGAAGGUUACAAAGUUGGUCCACUUUAUUGCGAAGACAUCGAAGUAGGAAAAUCGCUGAUAAAAAGUGUUUUCGAAGAUAUCAACGAUCACGGUUUUUCACAUUCUAAUUCAAUCGUCGUAGAAAGCCCAACGGAACGGAAUCCAAAGGCGAAAGAGUUAAUGGAAUUCCUCGAUGGUGAAUACAAUGGGGCUGUGUAUUACCAGACAACGAACGGUCUUCCUAAUUCCUGUUUUGAUCAUUGGUUUGGUUUACUUUCUUUUGCGUAUGGAUAGAAUUUAAUCAACAUUCUAUAAUAUGAGCAUUUAUAUACAUGAAAAUUCUAAUAGAAUUGUUGUGGAGUAAUAGUUUUUUCAAUAUUUGGAUGUAUAAUGAAAUGUAGUUUUGGCAUUUAGUUUCAUUGUAGUUUUAGCAUUUAGUUUUAUUGUAGUUUCAGCAUUUAGUUUCAUUGUAGUUUUAGCAUCUAGUUUAAUUGUAGUUUUAGCAUUUAGUUUAAUUGAAGUUUUAGUUUCAACUUCGCAUGAAGCUACUACAUUUCUUGUCGAAACUAUUUAUGUCAACUAUACGGGAAAUAUAGCUCACGUCAAAUGUAGCUACAGCUAUUUGCCUUCAAGCAGCGUUGCCAGCUGCAGUUGUCUAAAAAUUCUCAGGAAACUCCCGAAAUAAUCCGAGAUUAUUUUAAAUCUCCCGGUUUCAUCGCUCUCUAUAUACAGUUGCAACAAAUAUGUAGUAUAGAUCAGUAGAGAUAGCCUCAGCUGCCUUAACGCAUGCGUCAGAACCCAGCAAUCUAGUUCUACUGCAUGUAUGUUUGUUUGUAACAGCUGAAUAUGGUCAAAGGAGCACAUCGUGUAUAGCGUUAGUCAACAGGUACAAUUACAAACAGCCGGCUGACGGUUGACUUUUUUUCUAUCUGCGCUUAUUUCAUCUUAUCCUCAUCGGAAGGUUGUCUUGAGAAAUAAAUAAAAGAAAAACGCAUAAAUAAAAGAAAUACGCUAAAAAAUGAAGCAGCUAUAAAUUGCUUUUAUGGAAGACUCCAUUACAACUUGCACUACAGCAUGUGUAACGUAUUUAAGCCGAUUUGAUGUAGAAUAAAUUAACUAUUGAAUUAUACACGCCAAGUUUGGGUGUGUGUUUUGACAAGUGUAAUUUAUUGUUUGAAUUAAAAUGUUCAUGUAUUUAAAUUCAUAUCAAACUAUCCAAACAUUGAUCAAUUUAACACAAAAA